AUGGAGGCCCCCGGACACGUAUUUAUCCUCUGUUGCAUCCCUUCGGUCGAGUCGUCCUGGGGCGGUCAUGAACGGCUCUCAUGUACCCCCGGGGUAUUCGCCGCCGUUCCAGGUGGUCGACGACAAGCACCACGGCGCCUGGAUUAUCAUCACCGCCGCCUUGGGGCUGGUCAUUUCGCUGGUCAGCUUCCUGAUCCGGCUAUCGUCGCAAUCAUACAAUCAUCCUUAAUCUUCGGCGCCGUGUCGCUCGGCUUCGGCACCUCCAUCACCUUGGUAGACCACGCGCUCCUAGACAAGAUCCAAACGCUCGUCACCGUCAGCGACCUCCUCUACAUCAUCACCGUCUACGUCUCCAAGUGCUGCGUCGUGGGCAUCCACCUGCGCCUCACGCCGCAGAAAUGGCACAACCGCGCCUCGUGGGCCACGCUGGUCCUCUGCACCGCGUGGGCCCUCACGGCCGUCUGCAUGGUCGCCAUCAACUGCGAGUUCAACCGGCCCUGGACAGCCGAGGGCGUGCAAUGCAGCAACUUCCUCGUACGAUGGGAGUUCAUCGUCUCCAUGGACAUCAUGACCGAACUCAUCCUCUUCGGGCUCGCCGUCGUCCUCCUCGCCGGCCUCUUCAUGCCGCUCAAGAAGAAACUCACCAUCGGCUUCGCCUUCUUCUGCCGACUCCCUCUCAUCCUCUUCUCCAUCUUCAACGUCUACACCCUCAAUAAAAACUAUUACGAAACAGACCCCACGCUCUCGGCCGUCGGCCCGACGAUCUGGUCGCAGGUCGAGCUCAACUACGCCCUCGUCACCUGCAGCGUCUUCGUGCUGCGCCCCUUCAUGGCCGCCGUCAGCACCAACUACGGCACGGCGGGCGACUCAAACCUCGAGAGUACGCGCGCCUCGCGCACGCCCAAGGACGGGAGCAAUGCGAAGACCGGGUCUGGGUCUGGAUCCGGGACGGGGACGCCCGCGACGGCGACGGUGGCGGAGCAGGAGGAGAAGCGGAUGUGGAGUGCCCUGCGCGCGGAGAAGCGCCUCAAGACGCAUGCGCGGCUGCGCAGUGAGGAGUCUGCGCCGGGGGGUGCUGCGACCCGGCCGGGACGGGCGCAGGACGAUGCGAUCGAGCUUGUGGAGCGAGGCGGGUCGCGCAGUGCUGGGAGUGAUGGCAGUCAGAAGAUGUUUAUCCGGAAGGAUGUACAGUAUUCGGUUGAGUAUAAGCGGAAGAAGUCGGAAGGGGACGUUCCGAGUGAGACGGAAUACUGGGACCGCUAUCUGGAUCAGCGGCCCUGA